AUGGCGCUUCCACGAGUUUACUUUGACAUGAGCAUUGGCGGCACCGCAGCCGGCCGAAUCGUCAUGGAGCUCCGAAGCGACGUCGUUCCCCGAACUGCCGAGAACUUCCGAGCUCUCUGCACCGGCGAGAAGGGCUUUGGCUACAAGGGCAGCUCCUUCCACCGAGUCAUUCCCCAGUUCAUGUGCCAGGGCGGUGACUUCACCAACCACAACGGCACCGGAGGCAAAUCGAUCUACGGCAACAAAUUCCAGGACGAGAACUUCCAGCUCCGACACACCGGCCCCGGAAUCCUCUCCAUGGCCAACGCUGGUCCCAACACCAACGGCUCCCAGUUCUUCCUCUGCACCGUCCAAACCGCCUGGCUCGACGGCAAGCACGUCGUCUUCGGCUCCGUCGUUGAGGGCAUGGACGUCGUCAAGAAGAUCGAGUCCGUCGGCAGCCAGUCCGGCUCCACCCGCCAGAAGGUCGUCAUCGCCGACUGCGGCCAGCUCUAA